CGUCUCUACCAGAAUUUUCGCACGCCUCCGCCUUUUGUCUCUACUCUAAUGUCGUUGCCACUUCCAUCCAUUCAGCUUCAUGCUGGAUCUGCCGAAUCCCUCAAGUCUUUGUCUGAUUAUGACGGUACUAUUGUAGUAUUCACGGACAAGAGCGCUAUCAAGUCGGUCAUGCCUUCUGCCGCUGCUUUCAUCGAGAAGGAUCAGGAAUUUGGCUCCGAAGUCCAAGUCCUUGUUGAGAGCCAAGUUCCCGGUGGUAGAGUCAUUCUGGCGCCUACUGGAUCUUUAGACGGUGACUUCGACGAUUCCCGUCGUUUCACAGAUAUCGCUCAGAAGGCUGUGAAACGCGCACUUGCUGCUGGUAUUCGAUCACCCGUAUUCUAUUUCGCUGAUCCACCAACUUCAUCGCCAGGCGCAUGGACUUUCAAUGGUGAAGAUGAUUAUUCUCGAUUUGUAGAGGUCACUUUGUUGGGUGCUUUAGCCGGAACAUUCGACCCUAUCAACGUGCGCGAGCAUCAUGAGCGUACGAAGAAGGAGUACAAGACUCUUUCUUCCAUUGGUGUGGUCUUGCCACAGGGAUUUAAGGGAGAUGAGAAGCAGCUUAUCAAAUCAGUUGAAGCCAUCGAGGCCGGUCGACGUGUAGCCAAAGAUAUUGGUUCUCCAGAUCCUGAACGCAUGUCUCCUAUCAAUGUCACUAAAUACGUCGAGGAGGUUGCUUUCAAGGGUGUUGACAAUAUCAAGCUUUCUGUCAUUGAGGACAUUGAGACCAUCAAGAAGGAAUAUCCUUUGGCUCAUGCUGUAACCCGAGCCAGUUUAGCAGUACCUAGACACCAUCCUCGUAUUGUUCUCUUAGAGUACAGAUCGUCUGAUCAGUCUCAGGUUAAGGAAAACUUAUUCUUCGUUGGCAAGGGUGUCACCUAUGAUACUGGUGGUGCUGAUAUCAAGUGCUCUGGCCAUAUGAGAGAUAUGUCUCGUGAUAAGGGAGGAGCCGCCGCCGUUGCAGGUUUCCUCAAGACCGUUUCUAUGCUAGCGCCAAAGCAUGUCAACAUCACUGCUGGAUUGUCACUUGUUCGUAACUCCGUUGGUCCUGAUUCUUAUGUUAGUGACGAAGUUUUAUAUUCACGUAACGGUACCAGAGUUUUGGUCGGAAACACCGAUGCUGAAGGUCGCAUGGUCAUGACUGAUCUUCUGUGCCAGUUCAAGGAACGUGCUUUGGCUGAGGAAAAGAACAAGGCUCCGUCGUUCUUGUUUACGGUGGCUACUCUGACCGGUCACGCUCUUCGUGCCUAUGGUGGUUAUGGUAUCACCCUGGACAAUGGCUUUGCAAGACAUAACCGCAUCAGUAAGAGACUGUAUGAUGCCGGCCACGUUUUAGCUGAUCCAUUUGAAAUCUCUACUCUUCGUCGCGAGGACAUUGAUUGCGUUCAGCCUGGUAGCGCCAGUGAAGACGUUGUCCAAGCCAAUGAUAAGGCCUCCACCCUCACUGACCGUGGUCAUCAGUACCCUGCCGGCUUCAUGUUGAUUGCUUCCGGAUUGGAGAAGUAUGGAUUGGCAAACAAGGAAAAGCGCCUUGGAUACACUCAUCUCGAUAUUGCUGGAUCGUUCGAAACCAUGUCAUCCAUUGGAUGGAGUCUCCCUACUGUUGUAGCUUCUCCCAUCCCCGCUCUUACUGGUGCCUUUCUGUUAUAGACAUCUUUUCUUUUGUCAAUAAUAAAUGAAAAGAGAAGAAAUUUGUAUGAUGCUUUUAAAUAUUAUGGCGUUCAUUGGCUUCAUCUUGUAUUUGAGGGUUUUAAAUAAGUUGACGACGACAUGAUCUAGUUACAGCUCAUAA